CGUAAAGCUUGUCUCUUCCUAAUACUGUACUAGCUAUGCCGUCGACUUUUCAGCAAGGAUGCAAGAGUUUUGCUUCCCAACUAUGUAAAAAAUCUGACGCCUUGUCUUCUAUGUGCAAAUGAUCUGGUUCAGAUUGUCUAAUGUUCCUUGGUCCCUCAGAUCUGAGUCGGACCCUGUUCGUGACGGUGGAGCUAGGGGGUUGAGAGAUUGUACUAGGCUCGCUUCCAGCAUCUAGUGUGUGCUCGGAAGACAAUCGUUCCUUCAUACAGUAUAUAAAGGAUUGUAUUGUCAGCGUCUUACGCCGUGCUCUCCGAGUUAUAAGGAUUGGUUCAUCACCCCAUAUCACGCAUGACGAACUCAUGUUGCUGCACUGUUGAGCCAACAAACGGGUCGCCUAUCCUCCUACCACAAAAAGACCGUCUCUACGCUCGUCAAACAGCCUAUGAUAAUGUGUACCUGGGGUGGCUGACCUACCGAUUCAGGCAUCGUUAUUCCCGAUUUCCCAAGUUAUUCCUUCCAAGAGAUGUCGCUGAUCGACCUGUCAACUCUGAUCAUUGGCUUGAUGGGAAGCUUUCUGCGCUCCCAUGCCACCUCAUGCUUAUCAAUGUUCACUCCAUAAAGUCGAGCAUAUUGACCACGUCAAAGACAGCCCCUCUUCCACCUACCUGCCAUCGUUGAGAUCAUGACUCAAGGUCGAACUGCGCCAUACGGUAGCUGGAAGUCGCCAGUGGGCGCCGAAGUAGUAGCCGCUCAGAGUUUCGCUGCAGGCGUAGAAGACAUUUUCCUUGAUCCUGUCACAUCCAAGGUAUAUUUCGCACAGAAACGUCCCGAAGAAGAUGGUCGAUCAGCAAUCGUCGAUGCAUCAGAUCGGAAGGACGUUUUCGGGAGGGAAUGGGAUGCACGUACCAAAGUGCAUGAAUAUGGAGGCGCAGCAGCUACAGUUUUUGGCGAUAUCGUGUACUUCUCGCAUUUCCCCGACGAUCGUGUCUACAAGACCACCAAAGGCUCGACGCCAGUGCCAGUUACUCCGUUCGACCCCGUGCAACGAUUUGCUGACUUCACGGUCCACCCUGAUCACCCCAAUCUGAUUGUGGCUACAGUUGAAGAUCAUACAGACUCACAUCCUGCUCGUGUUGCUACUUAUCUAGCAUUCAUUGACGCCAAUACGUCGACUGUCACCAAGCUAUUGACGGAUGCGGAUUUCUAUGUGUGUGCUAGGUUCAGCCCUGAUGGAAAGUUUUUGUCUUGGCAACAGUGGAAUUUCCCCGAUUUGCCAUGGCAAAGUUCUGAGAUCUUUGUUGCUCCGGUAUCUGUCACUGAGAGCGGUAGUAGGCUCGAGAUCGGAGCAGCCGUUCAUGUUGCUGGGAAGCAUGAACAAAUCGUCGCUCAAGACCCAAGCUGGACUGGUAAUAACAGCCUGCAUCUCAUUUGUGACAUUAGUGGAUAUCUUAAUCCAUGGAAGUUUACUUUCGACCCUUCCGAUCUCGCUUCUACUGGAAAAGCUGCACCUAUCACGGCUGAACCCAUCGAAGAAGAAUUCGGAUUCCCUCAGUGGUGGUUGAGCCGACAUGGGUCAGGCGCUUUAAGCAACCACAAGAUCGCCUUCUUGUCAUUCAAAAAUGCAUUGUCGAAACUCUACAUCGCUGAUCUGAAUGACGGAACAUUGACCGAGGUCCCUACACCUUAUGCUCAUAUCCAAUAUAUGCACGGGGACGGAAAAGGUCAUGUCGUGGCCUUGGGCUCACCUGCGGGCGCACUUGAAGAGCUGAUGGAGCUUACCCUCGACCCAUCAGGAAAGCCUCUGAUCAAGUCGCUUUCACCUCCUGCUCAGGAACACCCUCGGCUUCCUUCCUCUCAUAUCUCUCUCCCUCAGUAUUACGCACUCAAACUCGCGCCUGACAAUCGUGUUUGCCAUGUCACUUAUUACGGCCCGAAGAACCCCGAUUAUGAUGGUGGACUACCAGGAGAGAAACCACCCAUAGUGGUUCUCAUCCAUGGAGGUCCAUUCUAUAUGGAGCCAGCAGCUUUAGAUUGGACGAAGCAGUUCUGGACUUCUCGUGGUUGGGCUCAUAUCGACGUUAACUAUGGAGGAUCCAGUGGUUUUGGCCGCGCAUACAGUGAAAGUCUGCAUGGGCAAUGGGGAGUCCUCGAUAUCAACGAUGCUCAUCAAUCUGUCAUUGAGCUCGACAAGCUCGGUCUCGUUGACAAAAACCGUGCAGUCAUUCAUGGGGGAUCCGCAGGUGGUUACGCCGUACUGCAGAUUGCUACUUCACUUCCUACAGCCUUCGCUGCUGGUUCUCCUCAAUAUGGUAUAUCAGAUAUGAAGAAGCUCGACGAGAUCCUCCACAAAUUCGAGUAUUAUCUCUGUGACCGACUCAUGGGUGGCACAUACGAGGAAAUUCCAGAAAUUUGGAAGGAACGGUCGCCGAUCUACCAUGUUCAUAAGAUCAAGAUGCCUAUGCUUUUUUUGCAAGGAAAAGCGGAUACCAUUAUCCCAGCACCUCAAAUGAUAGAGAUAGUCGACACCAUACAAACAAGAGAGCUUGCUGGCUAGCCUUCCGGGAAAUUGUAAGAAGAUGAUUCUGUAUCGCCUCGUAUGUGCUCUUGUGAGAUAUUUGACCCAUCCUGAGCGGCACCUUAGAUGGGCUAGGCAUGUAACAUUUAGCAUCAUAUAUCAGUUUAUCCAGGGCGGUCUGCUAGCCGCAUAAGUUUAGUGAAAGCCCCCGACGGCGUCUUACAUGUGAUGAUGAACGCUUAUUCGUUUUUCAGAAUUACGUCGGAUGGGUCAAAGACCCGUCUGCGUAAAUAUUGUCUAUGAUCGCGCAUCGAUGUAUUUAUCCUUCAGGAUAUAAUCGAGUCACUUCUCCCCUCUUCC